AUGAUUGAUGCUUCACAAUUGCAAAGUUUGAUUCAAAAAUUUAAGUUUAAGCUGGGAUUAUGUAACCCAACCAAUAAGAUUUGGAUUCUGUGGAGAGAAGGGGUUGCGGUGGAUGUUCAGGUUAGCUCCGACCAGCUUUUGCAUUUAGCCAUUACACAUGAGACCUGGACUCGUGUAGUCUUUGGAACCUUUGUCUACGCAAAAUGCACCACAGUGGAACGGAGACCCCUAUGGCAAGACUUAAUUUCAAUCUCUCGUCGAGUGGGUGGUGAGCCUUGGCUAGUGGGAGGAGAUUUUAAUGCUAUUGUUUCCUUAGAUGAAUAUCUUGGCCCUGCCCAGCAAGAUUUACAAGCAGUUUCGGAGUUUGCAGACACUAUUGCGGACUGUGGUCUAAAUACCUUGCCUGCCUUUGGGAGCCGCUUCACAUGGUCUGGCAUCCGGAGGGGUAGGCGGGUCUGGAAGAGACUUGACAGAAUUUUGGCAAACACUGAUUGGCAGCAAGCGUACCCCUGUGGUUCUGUGCAGCAUUUAAGUCGCACUGGCUCUGAUCAUUCGCCCUUGCUCUUGCGCAUGAACAAUCAUCAGGGUACCCCUCGGCCAUCAGCUUUUAAAUUUCAACAGAUGUGGGUGCGUCACCCGACCUUUCUUGAAGUUGUCCGAGCUAGCUGGGAGCGGGAGGUGCAAGGCUAUGGCAUGUUUGCCUUCUCCUCCAAACUUAAGCGUCUGAAACAGGUGCUUAAGGAGUGGAACAAAACCACGUUUGGGGACAUAUUUGCAAAUCUAAAGAAGGCUGAAGCAAAGGUCAAGGAAUGUGAGAUCCAAAUGGAGGGAGAGGAUUCGGAUGUGCUAAGAUCUCAGUGGAGCAGUGCGCAAGCUGCACUGCUGCGAUGUCUUGCGGAUGAGGAAACUUACUGGAAGCAGAAAGCUCGGGUUCGGUGGCUAAAGGAGGGGGAUGCUAACACAAAAUUCUUCCACGCUUCCCUUCUUAACAAGCGGUCGCGGCUAACCAUCCACCAGAUUCAGGACAACCAGGGGCAUUUGCUUGAGACAAAUGACGACAUUGGACAGGGAGCAGCUAGUUUUUUUCCAGCAGCUCCUCUCCGGAUCAGACGGGGCUAA